AUGCCCCAAGUGGCUCUCCGAGGAGCAGAAGUAUUCGAAGACGAGUUUCCCCUGAUCCGAAGCUGUCCUGCCUUGAACGAAAUCCGCCUUGCGGAGGUAGCCUCCGUUCCCGCAAAUAUUCAUGUUUGUUUACGUGUUAGGUAAAGGACAGGACGGAGCUCCACGCUAAUCGCAUCAUAUUGGCGGCUCGCAUUCCGUCUCUGCGAGCCACUCCAGUAGCCCCCUCGGGGAGACGAAUUCCGUUCUACGACGGCCGAGAAUGCCACUGAGGUAGAAUUUUCGUCUAUUCGGUGAUUUUGUUUACGGCUUCUGCACUUUCUAGUCUCGCAACUACGUUCUUGCGGUAUGUCUACACGGGCCGAGUGAAGAUCAGGCAAGACAAUUCGAAGGCCCUGGUAACGCUUGCAAGCAUACAAGAGUUGCCUCACCUGGUGGACUGGGGAGUAGCAUUCAUGGCCAGAGGGUACACGCAUUUCCUGUCUAACUGUCUGUUCUGAAGCCUCACCCUAGAAAACCUGUCAGCCGUCUGGGACUCUGUGAGGUCGCUGAAAAUUGA